UAUCCCUUUAUUUGACACGUUAGACAGAGAAAGAGACACACAUUCAGCACACAGUCGUCGUUGCAGCAGACCAGAGAUAUCGGCGCUGCCUUUCGUUUAUUUCGGAUUCAGGAUACACGAAGAUUAUCAGUUUACCCCCGGAAUACUUUGUAAUAACGAGAACUUGACGCUUUGGAAUAUUACUAUCUUUCAAUCUGCUGUAUUCGUCGGAGAUAUGUCGGGCAGAACAAUGAGACGGCAAGUACUGUUGUUUAUGUCGGUUUUUUCCCUCAGCUCAGUGUUUGGGCAGGUCACCUACUCAAUUCCCGAGGAAAUGUCCAAAGGCUCUCUUGUUGGUAAUAUAGCGCAGGAUUUAGGGAUAAACGUGAAAAGACUGAAAUCAGGCAAAGCUCGCAUAUAUACAGAAGACAAUGCCGAGUACGUGGAGCUGAAUAAAGACAGAGGAGUCCUGCUCGUUAAAGAGAGAAUCGACAGGGAGGCGCUCUGCGGACAGACAACACCUUGUGCUUUACAUCUUCAAAUCACACUGGAAGACCCGAUCGAAUUUUACACCGUUACAGUCGAAAUUAAUGACAUUAACGAUAAUGCGCCCAGCUUCAAAAAGGAUGAGAUGAAAUUUAGGAUCAGUGAGUCGGCUGUGAUCGGAGCCAAAUUUGUGCUCGAGAGAGCCAUGGAUCUAGAUGUGGGUGUGAACGGAUUGCAGGGUUAUUCGCUAAAACCUACAGACAACUUCCAUCUAAAACUCCACAAUCAGCAAGAUGGAAGCAAGAAGGUGGAGAUGGUUUUGCAAAAACAUCUAGACAGAGAGGCACGAGAGCACCUCUCUUUAACCCUCACGGCGACUGAUGGUGGAGAUCCUCAGCUGUCGGGAACAAUGCGAGUAGAAAUUUCAGUAUUAGACGCUAAUGACAAUGCCCCAGUAUUUACUCAGGAAAUUUACAAAGUAACUAUUUUGGAAACUGCUCCAAAGGGUACAGUUUUGAGUACCGUUAGUGCUAUAGAUGCAGAUGAAGGUUCAAAUGGAAAGGUGUUAUAUACAAUAACAAACACGUUAGAUGAUGUUCCCGUUAUAUUCAAAAUUGGCGAAGAUAGCGGCGUAGUUUCCCUAGUUGGAACCCUGGAUUAUGAAAAGGGACAGCUCUAUGAAAUACAUGUACAGGCCAGCGAUGAUGGGGGACUGACAGAUUCGUGUAAAAUCAUUGUUGAGGUGACCGAUACAAAUGAUAAUCACCCGUCCAUUAAUAUAAUGUCUAAAACGAGCUCCAUAUCAGAAAAUUCUAAGCCAGGAACUGUGGUAACUAUAUUCAAUGUUCAAGAUCCAGACUCCGGAGAAAAUGGCAAAGUUGGAUGUAAUAUUGAAGAGCAUAUGCCAUUUCUCAUGAAAACAACGUCAAAAAAAUUCUUUAGCCUUGUGACUGACAGUGAUUUAGACAGAGAGAGAGCCUCUGAGUAUAACAUCACUGUGACCUGCUCUGAUGAGGGAGUGCCCUCCCUCUCCAGCAGCGUCACUCUCACCUUACAGAUCUCUGAUGUAAAUGACAACGAGCCUGUCUUUGAGAGGAGCUCAUAUGAGGCCUACAUUGUAGAAAACAACACACCAGGUGUGUCUGUAUUCACAGUGAGAGCCACAGACGCUGACUGGAACCAGAAUGCUCGUGUUUCUUACAUUCUGGAGGACUCCUCUGUCAACGGAGUGCCAGUCUCCUCAUAUGUGUCCGUCAGUGCUGAUAGUGGAGUCAUCCAUGCAGUGCGCUCUUUUGACUAUGAGCAGAUCAAAGACUUCAAGUUCAGAGUGAAAGCUCAGGAUGGAGGCUCUCCUCCACUCAGCAGCAAUGUGACUGUGAAAAUGAUGAUCCAGGACCAGAACGACAACCCUCCUCAGGUCCUGUAUCCAGUCCAGACUGGUGGCUCUGUGGUGGCUGAAAUGGUUCCUCGUUCAGCAGAUGUGGGCUAUCUGGUGACCAAAGUGGUGGCUGUUGAUGUGGACUCUGGACAGAAUGCGUGGCUGUCGUAUAAACUGCAGAAGGCCACAGACAGGGCUCUGUUUGAAGUGGGCUCCCAGAAUGGAGAGAUCCGAACCAUCCGCCAAGUGAGUGAUAAAGAUGCAGUGAAACAGAGACUGAGUGUUAUAGUGGAGGACAACGGGCAGCCCUCUCGUUCAGCUACAGUCAUUGUGAACGUGGCGGUGGCGGACAGCUUCCCUGAAGUUCUGUCGGAGUUCAGUGACUUUCCACACGACAAGGAGUACAAUGACAACCUGACUUUUUACUUAGUGUUGGCUCUGGCUGUGGUCUCCUUCCUCUUCAUCACGUGUUUGGUGGUUAUUAUCUCAGUGAAAAUCUACAGAUGGAGACAGUCUCGCAUCCUGUAUCAUUCCAACCUGCCUGUCAUUCCAUAUUAUCCUCCACGUUACUCAGACACUUUGGGGACAACAGGAACUCUCCAACACGUCUACAAUUACGAGGUGUGCAGGACGACAGACUCCAGAAAGAGUGACUGUAAAUUCGGCAGAGCUGGUAGUCAGAACGUGCUGAUAAUGGAUCCCAGUUGUUCAGGGACAAUGCAGCGGAUGCAGAGUGAGAAGAGCAUCCUGGAUGAACCAGAUUCUCCUCUAGAGGUUAGAAAACUAUAACAAUCACAUUGUCUU